AUGCGGUCGGAGCGGGCAAGUCGUGUUUGUAUCGUGGUGCUGGAGGAGGUGGAGGAGGACGAACCUUCCUUUUCACCUCCGCCUCCGAGGCCCAAAUCGACCCCAGACCACAGAUCACAUUAUGUCCCGAGAAGGGCUGCUGCCCUGGAGGACAAGCCAUCCUUGCUCCGAGCCAUCUUCAAUGUGGAUCCAGAUGAGGUUCGCUCCCUUAUAUUCAAGAAAGAGGAUGUCAAUAUUCAGGAUACUGAAAAACGGACACCGCUCCAUGCCGCAGCCUACCUGGGUGACACUGAGAUCAUUGAAUUGCUCAUCCUUUCAGGAGCCCGAGUUAAUGCCAAAGAUAACAAAUGGCUGACUCCUCUUCACCGUGCUGUGGCUUCAUGUAGUGAGGAUGCAGUGUCCGUUCUCCUGAAGCACAGUGCCGACGUCAACGCCAGGGACAAGAACUGGCAGACGCCACUCCAUGUCGCGGCAAGCAACAAAGCCGUACACUGCGCCGAGGCGCUGGUGCCGCUACUUAGUAACGUCAAUGUAUCUGACCGGGCUGGACGCACCGCUCUACAUCACGCCGCUUUCAGCGGACACGUAGAGAUGGUGAAGUUGCUACUAUCCAGAGGAGCGAACAUCAAUGCUUUUGACAAGAAGGAUAGGAGAGCCAUCCACUGGGCUGCAUACAUGGGUCACCUAGAGGUGGUCAAGUUACUAGUGAGCAGUGGAGCAGAGGUUGACUGCAAAGACAAGAAGGCCUACACCCCUCUGCAUGCAGCCGCCUCCAGCGGGAUGAGUAGUACUGUACACUACCUUCUAGGCUUGGGGGUCCAGGUGAAUGUUGUGAAUGCUUAUGGCAACACUCCACUUCAUUUGGCGUGUUAUAACGGGCAGGAUGUGGUGGUCAGCGAGCUAAUCAAGGCAGGGGCUAGCGUCAACCAGGUCAAUGAGAGAGGCUUCUCUGCUCUCCAUUUUGCCUCUUCCUCACGCCAAGGAGCGUUAUGCCAAGAGCUACUCUUAGCCCACGGAGCACACAUCAACAUGCGGAGUAAAGAUGGAAAGACUCCCCUACAUAUGGCAGCCACCCACGGCAGAUUCUCCUGUUCUCAGGCGCUCAUUCAAAACGGAGCCGAGAUUGAUUGCGUGGACAGGGACAGAAACACCGCGCUUCACAUCGCCGCGCGCUACGGCCAUGAGCUCAUCAUUACAGCGCUUGUGAAACACCGAGCCUGCAUCUCCAAGCGAGGUAUUCAUGGGAUGUUCCCACUACACUUGGCUGCUCUGUCCGGUUUCCCUGAUUGCUGCAGGAAGUUACUUUCUUCAGGUUUGUUAAUAGAGCUUUUGGGCUACAAUUCUAUCACCUUUUCGAUAUAUUGUCACACCCCUAAUAAACACCAUUAUUUUCAAUAUAUUGACAAUACAUUGAUUGUUUAUGUGUUAGGAUUUGACAUUGACACUCCUGAUGAUUACGGAAGAACCUGUCUUCAUGCUGCUGCAGCUGGAGGGAACCUGGAGUGCCUGAAUCUGCUGCUAAACAUAGGAGCGGACUUUAACAAAAAAGACAACUACGGAAGGACUCCACUUCAUUAUGCAUCAGCCAACUGUAAUUACCACUGUGUAUUUGCCCUGGUGGGCUCCGGGGCAGGUGUCAACGAACUGGACCAAAGAGGUUGCGGCCCGCUACACUACGCCGCUGCAGCAGACACGGAUGGAAAAUGCGUCGAGUACCUUUUAAGGAACAACGCCGAGCCCGGAGUUCGAGACCAACAAGGGUACAGUGCAGUCCACUACGCCUCAGCAUAUGGACGAACACUUUCUCUGGAACUGAUGGCGAGUGAAACUCCUCUGGACGUGCUAAUGGAGUCCUCAGGAACAGACUUCCAGAAUGACGCUGAGUGCCAGGGGCAGAUUAGCCCACUUCAUUUGGCGGCCUACCACGGACACUGCGGCGCCUUGGAAGUCCUUUUGUCCUCUAUGACGGACGUGGACAUCCGGACCCCGCAAGGCCGCACCCCGCUCAACCUGGCCUGCUCCAGGGGGCAUCAGGAGUGCGUGUCGUUGCUGCUGCACCGCGGCGCUUCACCUAUGGCGUGUGACUACUCGCAAAAAAUGACGACUCUACAUGCUGCAGUUACAAACGGCCACUCGGGUUGCCUUCGUCUCCUAAUGAGCAACAAUGACCAGCACAUCAAUUUGGACGCACUAGAUGUCAACAAGCAGACCCCGCUAAUGCUAGCUGUACUGAACGGACACAGCGAAUGUGUGUAUUCGCUGCUCAGCCAAGGAGCUAGCGUCCAUCUUCAAGACUGCUGGGGCAGGACGGCGCUUCACCGCGGGGCGGUGACGGGCCAGCACGAGUGUGUGGAGGCGCUUCUUCAGCGAGGAGCUAGCGCAUGCGUCAAGGACAUUCGAGGUCUUUCUCCUCUCCAUUUGGCGGCCGCCUGCGGGCGUGCGGGCGUCCUAGCCACCAUGCUGCAAUCACCCGGCACUGCCAAUUCACUGUCGGAGCUUGCGGAUAACAAAGGCUACACGCCGCUGCACUGGGCUUGCUAUAGCGGAUGUGACGCUUGUGUGGAGUUGUUGCUAGAGCAGGAAGUCUUUCGGAAGAUAAAAGGCAACACGUUCAGCCCGCUGCAUUGUGCCGUUAUGAACGACAACGAAGGAGUGGCUGAGAUGUUAAUCGAAUCGCUCGGCGCAAAUAUUAUCGACUCCACCGACUCCAAAGGCAGGUCGCCACUUCACGCCGCCGCCUUCGCAGAUCGCGUCGAGUGCAUCUCCCUGCUGCUCAGUCAAGGCGCUCAGGCAAACAUCGCCGACACGUACGCGCGCAGGACGCCGCUAAUGAUGGCCGCCCUCAACGGGCAAACCAACGCCGUGGAAGUGUUAGUGAGCAGCAGCAAAGCGGACUUCACGCUUCAAGACGCCGACAGGAACACAGCUUUGCACUUAGCUUGCAGCAAGGGUCAUGAAACGUGCGCCUUGUUGAUCUUGGAGAAAAUACGAGAUAAGAAUCUGAUCAACAGCACCAACGCUUCCUUGCGCACGCCUCUUCACGUCGCAGCCAAAAACGGUUUGACGGUGGUCGUUCAGGAACUACUGGGAAAAGGCGCUAGCGUACAAGCAGUGGAUGAAAACGGUUACACGCCCGCGCUAGCUUGCGCGCCAACCCGCGACGUCGCCGACUGCUUAGCGCUCAUCCUUAACUCUAUGAUGCCCGCCUCGCCCAUGGUUACCAUCGCAACGUUGCCUGAAUUUUCUUUGCCUCACACAGUCAUCAAACAUCACCCCGUGUCCAAUCACGUGGCCAAGGGCGUGGCCUUUGAAAGCCCGCCUCCUCUGAGGCCCGACCGCGCAUCGUACUGCCGACCCGAGCGCCCGCUGUCGAGCGUCACGACGGACGAAGAACUUAACGACUCCGAUUCGGAGACUUACUGA